AUGGGCGUGAGCGUGAGCAUGUGCGUGAGCGUGUGCAUGAGCGUGAGCAUGUGCGUGUGCGUGUGCGCGAGCGUGAGCAUGUGCGUGAGCAUGCGGAGAAAAACUUUUACAGGGUCUGAAAGUAAAGAAACAAAAGUAACACCUAAACCAGAAAAUUUAGUGCCAUUUGGGGAUGUGGUUGGCUGUCUGGCUAUUCAUGUAAAGAACUGCAGUCAUUUUAUACCUAAGACCGAUGUACAGCAUGAGAACAGUUUUUUCAUUCGUAUCUCUAUAAACAACAUUGUGAAAUGUACAAAACUGUGUAGCUUGCUACCCCAAAAUAUACCAUUUAUCAUUAAUGAAAGGAAAACUGUGAUUAAGUUUGAUGAAGUGAAGUAUUUUUCUGUACAGGUUCCCAGACGUCAGAAUGAUGCACGAAAUAAUAUUUACCUGGAUCUAAUGCAAUUUGAUAAUAAAGAAAAGCAUAUUUUGUUAGGGCGUGUUCAGGUACACCUUUAUGAAGUAAUUCAGAAAGGGUGCUUUACUGAAGAAUUUCAAAUGUUGAAUGAAAACACAUUUGUCUGCAGGAUGGAGGUGGACUUUAUGUUCUCCUAUGGAAACUUUGGUUAUGGAUUUUCACAUCAGUUAAAACCUCUUCAGAAAAUUGUUGAGCCACCUAUGUUUAUGAAUAUCCCACCACCUCCGGAAAGAACAGACCCUGUGACAAAUAUUAUUAUACCACAGUCAAUAGAAUAUCCAGCAUUCUUAUCCCCAGACCUGAAAGUUACUGUUGGGAUGCCACCUCCGGAAGCCCAACCCAACCAGCCCCCUGCAGUGCGACUUGAAAAACUUCAGCAGCAACCUCGGGAAAGGCUGGAAAAAAUGAAAAAAGAAUACAGAGAUCUGCCUACAUGGAGAGAAAAAGCUUCGUAUUUAGAAGGAAUUCUUAACCCCAAAUUGGGACCUAAUAAACUUAAGGAAAGUAAUACCUAUGAGGUACCUGAGAGCCAAUUUGAAAAGAAGCCUGAAGAUACUGUAACAUCAGAUAUCUCUCAUAUAAAUAAGGAAGUUGAAACUAUUCCAACUGAGGAUGGAGAUAACUCAAAGGCGUUUGGUCCUAAAAGGGAUGAACCAGCAAAACAAAGAGCUGCUCAAUUGUUCACUAUUCCUAACCUGACAAUAACCGAAGGGAACAAAAUGAUACCUUUAGAGGAACACCAAUAUGAACCUGUAACAGACAGGAAACUGCAUACUAAACCCUUGCAACCAGAAGGAAAAUUAUUGGAUAAAUAUCCAAGCAUUUUAAAACGAGAAUCAUCUACAUCACAGAGUUCAUAUUGUUCAUUUAGCAUGCUGGAUGAAUAUGUAAAGCUCCCUGGUUUUAUGAAUGAGUUAAUGCAAGAUAAGAACUGUGGAUGGCUAAAUACAAAUAAAAAAGGAAAAACAGUGGCUUUUUUACAAAAACAAUACAUGUUACCACCUUUGAAACCAGAACAUACAGAAUCCAAAACAAAAUAUCAGAAUCUCAACAUCAAGGACAGUUUGGAUCCUUUUCUAAGGCUUUCAAACAACAAAAUAUCAGCCACUAAAAGGAGCUACCAAGAUAUGUCCAAAUAUAGAAACACUUUAAGUACAGAGGUUAUCGAACACGAGGACCAAGAUCCUCCUUACCCAAUACAUUCAAAACCUCCAAGCCCUCCUGAUACAAGCCGGCCCAGUGGUCUUGAUAGCAGCAUUGUAGACGCUAAGACUGUAGACACUAAGAAAAAGUUAGCCCCGGAUCCUGAUAUCAUCACAAUACAGACUUUAAGCAGUAAGAAUAAUUUAGACGGUGAGCCUACCAUCACCACAAUAAAGAGUUUAGAUAUUAAGAAUCACUUGAAGGAAAGACUGCCAGCUGCAUCUUUGCCACACUUUGAAGGAGAAUCAUCACUGACUGGGAAUGUAGGUGUACAUACAGGUCGCGUCUCAAGAUCAUUAAGUUUUACUUCCCUCCUAGACAACUUAAAACAGUCAGUGGUGCUCAAGCCAAAUUUAAGUGAAAAUCUUGAAGACCUUAUAGAUAAAUUACUUUUUAAACCAAAAAUUCCUAACGGCACUGAAGCAAGAGAGAAAAGCCAUAGUUCUCCACUUCUGAGUGUUCAUGAUAAACCACCAAGUUUGGAAGACAAAAUACUUGAAAAAAUCCAAGAUUUAAAUAACUGGCUUUCAGAAGAAGAUAUUUUGAAUUCAGAGUCUCCUGUAAAUCCAAAAACUAAAGGUAUUUCUGGAGUUUCAUUGUCAGAAGAUGGGCCAGGAAAUUCUCCAGAGAUAGAAAGGGACCUCGUCUCUGAAAACCACUUGGAGGACGGUGAUAUAGCUUUUCCAAUAAUCAAAAAAAGUAGUUUCAAAAAGAAACAUUUAGAAAGUGAAGUGUCUAGCCCCGAACCAGAUUUCAAUAGCAUCGCGCAUGAUUACAUUAUCAAGCAGAUAUUCACUGCCCCAUUCCUCUCCAAGUUGGCUAUGGGAGCGGAAGAAUUGAGUGAGACACAGAUGAACUGGCAGAAUCAAUUACCCAUAUCUUGGGAGAGUUUAUCUUCAAAUAUUCCAGGUCACUAUGAAGAAAAUGAUGAUGGGAGAGAAUUGCCAGAGGCCAAAUCUGUUGCAAGCCAGAUAAUUGAAGCAUUUUCUGUAGAUACUCUUUUAGAAUCUGGGAUCAUCAAAGUGGUAGAAUUAGGUGAAGACCAGAAGGGUUCUUUGCUGCACACACAGACAGCCUUUGCUGGAGAAAAGCCAAAGGACUCCACAGAAGUUUAUUCAGAAAUCAAGAGCAAAACAGAUUUUCUUUCAAAGCAGAAUAUACCCAUCGUCCCCAAAGAAACCACUUCUUUUUUGAAUAGAGCCACAUUUAUAGACAAAGGCCAAAAUACCUCCCCACAAGACACAAAAUAUCAGUCAACACCAGAUGAAAAAACAGAUUUGCCAAGUAAUGGUCAGAGGCUUGAUAGAGAAGAAAAUGAUCUAAGUUCUACCUUAGAAAAUUUAAGUACCUUGUUAAUGGGUAAACUUAAUGAGCCAGAUGUAACAAUGUUAAAAUCCUUUUUCAAAAACAUAUUUAAUGUUUUUUUAAAACAUAAUCAGUCUGAAAAGGGAAGACAACCAGAAAAAGAUUUAGAGAGACUAAUCCAACAUCCUUUUCUAAAUAAUGAAGAAGACCUUGAAGAAAUCAAAGAGAAUUUUGAUGAAGCAGACAAAUUAGACAGAAAACCUAAUUUGAAUCCAAAACUGCGUGUAUUUCUAGAUGCACUCUCAGAGUCAGAAAUUAAAAAAUUGAAAUCUGAGGUAAGCAAACAUAUCCAGCAUUACCUUGUAGAAAGACUUUCAGAAUCAGGACAUAUCACCAAAGAGGAUUUACCCAAAAUCUAUCAAAAUCUGUAUUUGAUAAAUGAGAAAACAGAACCAAAAGAGCAACAUGUUUCUCUGGAGAAAUAUUCAGAAAUUGUAAAAGAAACGAUGUCUUUUGUAAAUAAUUUUAAUCAUCAUUUUAUAGAUAAAAAUUUGGAAAUAAGGCUGAGAUCCUUUUUAAAUGAAAUUCUGCAAAACUAUUUCCUAAAAAAUCUUUCGGAAAGCGGUUUAUUUAAAGAGACAGAAUCUGAACCUAUGCACUCAAACAUACCUUCUCUAAGAACUAAAAGUUCUUCAGUAUCUUUUCAUGAGUUAGGACAAGACAUUUCAAAGGGGAGUUUUGGCAGAAGGCUUGAAAUAAACAUGAAAUAUCCUGUAAAUAAAUCUCUGCAAAACCAUCUUAUAGGUUUAUCAGAAAAUGAACUAUUAAAUCUAAAAGCUGAUUUAAGGAAAUACCUUCAGGUACUUUUUAUAGAUAAACUUUCAAAAUCAGGACUAAUCACUGAAAGGCAAUUAAAGGGAAUCAGCAACCGUAUAAAUUUGAUUAAGUCUAGUUUCACACCAUUAAAAUGUAUAAAGCCAGAUUUAUCUUUCAGAGAUGAAAAUAAAUUUAUGAAUGAGCAUUCAGAAAAGCAAAAUAAAUAUCCAAAAGUUGUUCAUAAAGCUACUUUACAAAAGGCAUCUGAGGAUAGAAUUGUAGAAACAGAACUGACCAGGAAGGAUGAAAAAGAGUAUUUUCCCUUACAGAAUACUAAAGAAAAUCCAGCAAUAAUUAGAGAACAGAAAACACUGACUUUAAUUAAAGUACAACCUUCUUCCAACAAAAAUACCCAAGCAAUUCCAUCAAAGAAGACAUCAGAAAGUCCUACAGACAUAGUGCUUAAGAAACAAAGGAAAACACAUGGUUUUGUGCAGCUUUCUGAAGCAGAACAUUUUGAUUUUAAUACAGAGAUUCAAAAUCCACAGAGUUGGAGUGGUAAAUCAGAAAUAACUCAAUCAAACACUUGCUUUGAAAGCACACUAAAAAUGAAGUCCCUUGAAAAAAAGGAGCAGAAUAUCUAUAAAUUGAUGGUACAGGAAAGACAUGAAGUAUUGUUGCCACCGAAUGUUAGGAUUCCUUAUUGCAAACUGCCAAGUGAAGAUGAAGAAGACGUAGGUAAAUUCACGUUUCCUCCCGGGCAGAGGAACACUUUAACUCAUCUCAGUUCAGAGGCUGGGAACAACCAUUGUCAGAGACUGAAAGGAUAUAAUAACAAUAAUAAAAAACAACAUUUAGAAACACUUGCACAUUCUGAAAAAGAAAUACAAACUCUUUAUAUAAAACCAAGUGAAAUUUGCAAUGAAAAAUGUGCAAAGGUCCUUGAAUCGUUUAAAUAUAAAGUUGUGGAAGCUGAGAAAAACUCAAAACCAUCCCUCUUCCCAGAAGUAUUGAAGAGAGGAAAUCUAAAUCCCAAGGUCCGAAAAGAAAGAGACCGUGUCAACAAACAAACAAAGUCACCUAAGACGGUAAAGAUACUAGCACCCACGCCGCCCACCAGGAGAAGGCCCAGGAAAUCUGUCCCACGGACAUUGCUUCAUUGGACUGCAAGAAGAACGAUACACGAUUGUUCGGAUAGAUUUGAGGAGGAUCUUCCUAUGACCUCAUUUCAGCAUCUUGAAAAAGUGAAAUCAAGAGCAAGGCUUUUAGAAAAGAACCCAGAUGAGAGCCAUGAUCGGUUGAAACAUACAAGACCAUGUACUGCUCCAGGGGUUAACAAGCGUCGAGAAAGCUACACUGGAAAGUUUACAAGUUCUCGAAUGGUUUCAGCACGCUUAGUUCAUUUAAAUGACACAGUCCCAGAUUAUGAAAUCCAUAAAACACAGCCAAAAAUUUUUAAAAGAAAAUGCUGAAAAUGUUUGCUCACUUGUGAUAUUAUCCAACUGUUAAACAGCUCAGAAUGAUAUAUGAGGCCGACAGUCAGAAUAUCAUUUCUCCAAUUAACAAAAUGGUUUGGAGAUCUGUCCUUUCGUGUGAUAGAAGUCAGCAACCAAAAUUCAUCUUGUUAGAACCAUUUUGUUUUAAUUAAAAUGUAAAAGAAACACAUUUUGAUGUAGAUGUUUUUGUUUAUGAACCAUAGGGAACACAGAAAUACAUAUUCAGUUCAUAUUCAUUAGCAAAGUUGUAUUCCCAGCUUUUCUUCUUUUUCAUUAUAUGACAGAAUUGCUCUAAUUCAUAGCUCUCAGAUUUUUCAAAUCUGUGUUAUGCUCUGAAUGAU